UCGGAAAUGCUGUUAUUUCCCGCGAAACUGUCAACAACAAAGUCUCGACUCGGUUGUUCAGUUGGUGUACGUUUUCAGCAUGCCCAAGCGAUCUAACCCGUUUGGUGAACAGUCACCCCUGCAGCUUAAAACUCAUGUUGGUCAAAAGGAGGUGGAUCUUGGCGUUGCACAAGACGAACUCAUGAAGUCUGUAUACGAGAAAACCAGAGACAUAUUGUUCAAAGGAUCCCAAAAAGCUUUCACUAAAGAGGUUGUCUUUGAUGCCAAUGACAACAUGAUGUGGCAGGCCUCGGGAGAACCGACAUCAUCACGCAGCCUGCUGCCAGGUCAGAUGUGCCUUGACCAGUGUGGUCAUCUGACCACGCCUGCAGCAAAAAGUGAAGAGACGGAGAUGCGCAUGACGGCAGACGAGGAUAUGGCAGUGGGAAUGACCGAGUGCGGAGAUGCUGGGUCACGCCUUCCGGGUCAGCUGUGUCUUGACCACAAUGGUCAGCUGGUCUCAUCUACCGGGGUUAGUGGGGAUAAGUCCGCUGGGGGCGCAGGUACUCCUGGAUUCUCCUUCAAGAAACAAUCAACUUUUCCGUCUUUAAGCUUAAAACCAAAAGCUGCAUGUGUCAACUGUCGUACCUCUGCCCCCCGAGGAACAUUCGCGGCCUGCAACUUCUGUGAGCAGGUGAAGUGUUCCUCUUGCAGCACCAGGUGCACCCAGUGCGGCGGGGACUUCUGUCAGCUCUGCUCGGUGCUCAAUUACGACGAGGCAGUGGAACGACCCUUCUGUCUCAACUGUUCCUGAGAAGACUGUUGGCAGUCAUCCUGCUUCACGACACCAGUGCUCUCCCCUUCAAGUGAUGUCAGUUCUAUCUCCCGCAUGACACAAUCCUGGAGGUCGUCCUGAGCCUUGUCCUCUGAGUUCAACCAGCCGGACCACGCCACUUGGACCAAGUGAUAACAAAUGAAAUCAGCCAUGUUAGAUUGGACAUGAACUCUCCCCAAGGUUUAUUGUGGGAACACAAAAUGGGUCCAUAGUGUAGUAUCUUACCAAGUGGUCAUUUUCACAAGAGUUGUUCAGACACGUACAUUGUUUUAGUGCUAUAAUGUUGAAGUAAGACAAGUUCUAUGGAUGAACAACUUCUUUAUUACAAUUGGUGCGACAUUUCGGUGUAGAUCCUAACGCCUUUACCAAGCAAGUGAUGGAUAGUGCUAAACAACAUAAGUAUAUAUAAUUACUAACAUCAAAGUUUAUACAGUAAAUUGAUUGAUGGACACAGAGAGCUGAUUAAGAUAAUUGGAAGCCAGUGGAUGACUAAUGGACACAGAGUCAGCAAGCAGACUGAUAGAGAUGCUUGAUAAAGGUGUUAGGAUCUACACUGAAACAUCGCAUGCUUGAUAAAGGUGUUAGGAUCUACACUGAAACAUCGCAUGCUUGAUAAAGGUGUUAGGAUCUACACCGAAACAUC